AUGGAUGACGCUGACUUUUCAGAAGAUACAACGUUUGAACAACAGGAAGACUUGCCUUAUGAUGGAGACCUCUCCCAGACGAAGAUGUGUACUUCUUACAACUCUGUCUCAACAAAUGACACUUUUCUUGUCUCAGUGGAAGCUGUUCUGGCAGGAGGAGACCCUCAGGAGACGGCUGCUCUCCACGAGAUGUGCCAGAACAUGGCUCUGGUCGCUCCUUGGGAUAAGAUGAAUGAAAGCUCUGUCAACAGCGGAUGCUAUAAAGAUAAACAAUGCACCUGGGCUUCUCCCGCUCCAGCUAAUAAAGGAGAUACUGCAAAGUCACACAUUUCGGAUAUUUUCCUCCAUCAUCUCUCCAGGGAGCCAUUCUUAAAGGAUGAAGGCGUUGGCCACAAAACUGCUCCAGAAACCUCAAAUAUUGACAGUCUUGAUGACAUAGCUAUUUUUACAAAUAUUGUUUCACAUUAUGCAAGGAAGUAUUGCCCCCAAAAGCAAACCCCAGAAUUCACUGACCAGCCUAGUUCCCAGAGCGGAGCAAAAAAUAGCAAUAAGCCCAGUUGCUCUCCAGGCACAAUAGGAGAGAACACCUCUCCCUUAGAAAAGCCAGUGAUUGCUGGGCAGAGUGGCCAUCAAGAAGAUGCAAGCCUUCUAAGUAGACUUGGAGGUCUAGGUGAUAAACAUAACAACAGCCUAGGGCAGACGCCCCAGAGACAGCUGACUGACAAAGCAAGUUCAGGCAACCCGUUCAAACAUGGCCAAAGUCAAGUGCACUGCCAGCUCCCUGAUUUUCCUAGGGUUGCUCCCAAAGUGAAAAUCCCCAGAAAUACUGUAACUAAUAAACCAUUUACAAUAGCUAACCAAGCCAGCUUUUCUCCUAGGUUGAGAAAUAAAUCAACAGUUGUGCAAGAUAAUUUAGGAACCAUGUCUGGGUCAAAUUGUGUUGAAAAACAACCAGAUCAAAAAUGGAAAUUUACCGAACCUUCGCAACAAACACAGGUGGAACCUGCUACACACACCCGCCAAGAACCUCUCACAGGUAUUGAAUCUGAGAAAUGUCACCUGAAAUUGACACCAACACCUCAGAAAGAUCCUUCCUCAAAUUCUUACAUCUUUCAAAAGCUCUCCCAAGGGAAACAGAUGUGCCAGAAACUGAAAGAACAGACUGACCAACUGAAGGCUAAGGUACAAGAAUUUUCCAAAAGAAUAAAGCAGGACUCCCUCUGUCGUUUGCAAGACAUAAGACUGAUGACCAAGGAGCACACUGGCUGCUGUCUUCUAGGGCCCAGGGGCUCAAGAGGAACUGAGGUGACAGGGCUGCCAAGGGCAGGGUCACAGGAGGCCACCUUCAAGGAGCUCAUGGAGCUGGUUCCGAAGAUGAAACAGAAAAUAGAGAAAAGGGACCACAGAAGGACCAACUGUAGGAGGUUUUCCGGUACCAUCCAUGAGAAAACACUGUGCCAAGAUUCACCUCUUGGUUCUGAUCCAGGGCCCAGCUUCUGUUCUGAUUCUGGCACUGGACUACAGAGUAACAAAUGUGAGGGCUGUGGCAGCAAGACUUACAGCUCCCAGAGAGUCUGCAGUAAAGAGCCACCGAAAGAAUUUUAUUAUAGAUAUGACACUCCGGGGCAGGAUGGCUUCAGUCACGGUGGAGGAUAUACCUUUGCCCAGUCUCACUUCUUACAUGGAAAUAAAAUGUCUUUGUCUUCUUGUUCAAAACCAAAACGGAUCUGUUCCCAGAGAGUGAACUUGGAGCCUUUUCAAGAUGAGCACAGUUCUGUGGCGGGAAAACAUCCCAAGAUUUACCUGACCUGUACCUCAGAUUCUGUAACACCCUCACCCCACCUCCACUUCCUCUGGAUUCCUGGAAUCCAGUCCUUGUGUGACGGUCAUAGCAUGGAAGAAAUGGAAUCUAAGAUUUUAAACUCGGCUUUGGAUCAUGCCUUAAAGACAGCAACCAUAUUGAAAAAAACCACUGACCAAAUGAUUAAAUCCAUCGCAGAAGACCUCACCAAGGUGCAGCAGUGGAAGCAGCAACUAAAAUACUACUAAGUCAAGCCA